AUGGCGUUCCUCCGACAGCCUUCUCCAAUACAACCUCGAUGGCCACUAGCGAUCCGCCCUGAGACUGUCGCAACAGCCGAGCCGGAGACUGUCAUUACCGUUCGCAAUAGCCCCGAACCAUGGCACCCACUCGACUACACCAUCACCAACCAGAGCGGAGCCACGCUUUUCACAGUCCAUGGCCACCCAUGGGGUCUCGCACAACGGCGUGUUUUCCGCGACGCAUCAGGAUUUCCUCUCUUCGAACUUCGAAGCCGGUGGUAUGAUUCGUCCGUGUUGGAGUUGAAGCCACCAAGCGCCUUGACGACGAGUGAAGUCAUCCUAUCGGCAAAGUGCCGUGUAGCAGUUCAGUCCCCGAGAGUUGUAAUGCGGUUUCGCAAUGUGUGUAGCACCGUGGGGUCGAGACCGGCUCAGAAGUAUACACAUCAAAAGUCGCUCUCACGGUCGAGCACCGGGGCAUCUCUCCACCCUGAAGAAACUGUUAUGGAGAUCCUUGCGCUAGAUGUGGAUAACCUUGUCCAAGUGGCCAUGGUGGACAACCAGACGGUGGCCGUUUUCAACAGAGUCACGGAUCCUGGCGUACUCGCGCAGGGUCAGAAGCCGCCGUUUCGCUUUCGGCCAAUGUGGACAGUACGCGUUGCCAGAGGUGUGGAUUUGUCCCUGAUCGCGGUUGCAGUAGUGAUCAUCGGACAACAGGUCGCAGGUGAAGGACUCGCGGAUCAGUAA